GCUGCGAGGGCUUAUAAGGUCAGCAGGGCAUGACGGGUGCAGUUGUAGGAGGGACAGCAACGACGGGGGCUCACGACAUUCUUGACCACUGGGGAAACGCCUAGAAGUCUAUAGGCGUGUGUUUGGCCGAGCGACUAGAGGACGAGGAAAUUACCACCCAGUUGGUUUGGAAGGGAUGUGGUAGCUGUGGAGGAUGGGGAUGCGCAGGAAGAACUCGUCGGGCGGAGUGAAAGGGACCACCUGUGUGUACAUAGUUGUUCGGAGGGAAAUGUAUAACAAUUGGAUUCAGAAAUGACUUGGAAUUGGGCGCUGAAUUUCAAGUACAUUCCAAUUCAUCACCUUGUCCAUCCCCAUUUCCCCUCUUAACUCUACGCGUUAAAAUUCUUCCUUGUGAACUGACUGAACAAGUGAAGUAAUAAGGCAACCAAUGUCUACUUUUUUAAAGCAAUGGAUUGUUAGAUUAAAUUUAGUAUUAUUUCAUUAAUAAUUUUAGACGAAAUGCGAAGUAAUGACCGUUUGACAGGUGAUCUAUAAACGCUCAAUUGAUGAAAAUUGUGUCGACAAUUCGUCAAUUUGCAAUUGUGACAGUACGGCGCCAACAGUUGUUCAACGAGGGUAAAUUUUGUUAAUGUUCGAAUUGAAAAUUACUAAUUCGAACGGAUUUAUUGGUACAUUAAAUUCAUCUUCUUGCCUUUAACUUUUACUUAUCAGGGGAAACAGUUACUUGGGUUUUUUAUGUGACAAAUAACAUUCAUUUUGGAUAAGGCGAUCAAAAAUGUGUAUGAUAAACCUGUCAAACACUUAGCUUGGGGUUAUUAUGUCCUAAUCUUAAAUCUGUUGAUAGAAAGGUGUGUCCUGCUGGCCCUAAAUGUAAAAUUGUAAACAUUUAGACGAUGCAGACAGUAUGUAAUCUUUCCGAUAGAAUGAUAUCUAGCAAAGGAAUAAUUGACGUCAAAACUGAGUGUUAUUCCAGUCUGUCAGUAAGCAAGCAAGAUGAUGCGCUGGCUACCGCUACUUUUCGUUGCCCUAUUGGGUAGCAGCUUUCCACUACUUGUCGAAGGAGCGCCGGCUCCCGAACUAGCAAUCGAAUUCGGCGAUGACGUCAUCACAGAAGACGGUAAGAAUGUUGUCACUUGUACCCUCUGUGCAACAAUAGUUGAAGACGUCGUAAUUAUGCUGGAAAAUGGCACCGUAACGGACGAUCAGAUCAUCAACUACAUUAUUGACACCUGUGCUAGAUUGAAUAUUUUUAGCAAUCCCGACCAGGUGUGCGGCGGAAUGGCGGCAAUCGCUCUGCCAACUAUCAAGUACAUCUUUAGCACGGGUGUCGUAAUUCCGGGCAACAUUUGUGGCAUGCUUCUACAAGGCCAAGUAUGCGGAUUGUCCGACCCUGAGCCCUUAGAAUGGACCAUUGCACCCAGUUCAAAUGUUAAGCCGCCUGUUAACCAACCAAGCCAGCCACCGACAGGAUCACCGACGAUUAAAGUGCUGCAUUUAGCCGACAUUCACUACGAUCCGGAGUACCUUGCUGGAUCCUUGGCCGUAUGCGGAGAUCCUCUCUGCUGUCGUGCUUCAUCAGGUGACGUUGUAAACGCCACAGAUGCUGCCGGAUACUGGGGAGAUUAUCGUACCUGCGAUUUACCCUGGUAUUUAAUAGAAAACUCAGUUUCUCAAAUGGCUUCCCUGCAUCCGGAUGUUGGCUACAUUAUCUGGACUGGAGAUUUGACACCUCAUGAUGUCUGGUCAACUGCCAAAGAUGAAAACAUCAUGAUCAUUGACCGUUUAAUGACUCUGGUAGCACAGUACUUCCCUGGCGUACCUGUUUAUCCGACUCUAGGAAAUCACGAGUCUCAUCCAGUUAACACUUUCGCUCCUCCUGAGAUAACGGAUCCUGAAUUCAAUACCGCUUGGUUGUACGACGAAGCCGACCGACAGUGGGCUCGGUGGCUUCCGGCUGAAGUUUCUUCCACCAUCCGAUAUGGAGGCUUUUACACUGCUUUGGUCCAACCGGGUCUUCGCAUCGUUUCGAUGAACAUGAACUAUUGUUACACUUUGAACUACUGGACCUAUUACAAAUCACAAGAUCCAGCCUCGAGUCUUCUCUGGCUUAGCCAAGUUCUAGAAGAAGCUGAACUGGCUGGCGAAAAAGUGCACAUUUUAAGCCAUAUUCCACCCGGAAGUGGAGACUGCUGGACCAUUUUCAGUCGGGAAUUUUCCAAGAUCAUUAACCGUUUUGAAUCAACCGUAGCAGCGCAGUUUUACGGACACACUCAUAAGGACGAAUAUAAAAUUUUCUACGACACAGUCGACGUCAACCGACCUGUUAACGUGGCCUUUAUUGCGCCAAGUCUUACCACCUACUCCAAACUUAAUCCAGGAUACCGUACAUACACUGUUGACGGCCAACGACCUGAUUCUACUUGGUCUGUGCUAGAUUUCAACACUUACAUCAUGAACUUGACAGAUGCCAAUCAAAAAGGUUCAGAAGUCGAUCCUGUUUGGUAUGAGCUCUAUCAGGCCAAACAAGAAUAUAAUCUUACUGAUUUGACUCCACAGUCCAUGGAUGAACUCUUCCAGCGAAUGAAGGCAGAUGACGCACUCUUCCAGCUCUAUUACAAAAACUACUACAAGAACGCGGAUGAAGCUGUGGCUGAAGGUUGCAACAAUCGUUGCAAAUCAAAUAUGCUUUGCCGUAUAGUUACUACUGAUAUUGCAGACCAAAGCAAAUGCUAGGAAAUUCGAUUAGAAAUUCGAUUGGCUCUGCAUCCGCACCCUUUAUUUACUAUAGACGACAUUUCAUUAUACACUCGUUGUAAAAUCAGAGAAAUGCUUGAAGAUAUAAUAAUUAGCUAUAUUUGAGAUGGGAA